GUGUUUGGAUGCCAACCCACUCCGUUUUGUUAAAACUGAUCGUCGCAGAAGAAAAAGUAUUUGGCUAGAAACUGUAACGUUUUAAUGCUUGCGUCCUUUCAUCCUUCCGAACCCUAAUAUCCGCCACACUGACGGUGUCCCUGGUUUGCUUACAAGUACACAGUUACAUAUUCUAUUUGUCACGGAAUUCGUGAGAACAGUACCACCUGACUCGUAUCCCGUAAGCAGAGUAAAUACAAAUGGCAUUGAAACAAACUUAGUUAAUAAAGUAGCAUCUUGGCGCUGAUGCAAGAUCUCCAGCCAUGAAAAUUAAAACGACUGCAUUUGCUUCGGCCAGUAGUAAGACUUGCGAGUCAGUGACGGCCUACUCGACGCCUUUGCACCGCGUACUGUAGUAUAGUGCAUAUGCAACAUGGAAACAGUUCAGGAGGUGCGGUAUUUCUCGUGGGUAGACUACACAGUGUUUGGCGCCAUGUUACUUGGUUCUGUUGCUAUUGGCCUUUACCAUGGAUGCAACGGAAGAUUCACACGUGACAAGAACAGUGGACCAACAAGGAGCGACUCUGGAGAAUUCUUGACGGCCAAUGGGCAGAUGGGUCCAAUCCCUGUAGCAGUAUCCAUGUUGGCAGGAUUCCUGUCUUCUAUAACUCUUAUGGGUCAACCUGCAGAAGUAUAUCUGUUUGGACCACAGUUAUGGAUGUUCGGUUUAUCUAGUUUCGUCUGCAUUCCCAUCAUUGGCUAUAUCUUCAUUCCAUUCUACCAUAAAAUGCAGUACACCUCAGCUUAUAAGUAUUUUGGACAGCGUUUUAAUCGCUGGCUUCAGUUAUUUGCGUCUGCAAUGUUCUCCAUCCAAAUGGUUAUUUACUUGGCCUUAGUUCUGUAUGCACCAGCCCUUGCACUCCAGCAAGUGACUGGUCUUGAUACUAAUACUGUUGUCACCAUGAUGUAUAUUGUUGUCAUCUUAUACACAACAGUUGGAGGAAUAAAAGCCGUGAUAUGGACAGACUGUUUCCAAGUUCUGAUUCUCUACUCAUCAAUGUUUGGUGUGCUGGUGAAAGGAACUAUAGAUGUUGGCGGACUGGCCGUAGUCUGGGAACGCAAUGUUCAGUCGGGACGUUCAGAUUUCUUCAAUUGGUCCAUUGAUCCUACAGAACGGUAUACACUGUGGGGUUCCUUAAUUGGUUCUGCAUUUCUUCAUGUAUCAGUGUAUGGAGCUAAUCAGCUGCAAGUUCAGAGGUAUCGCACAGUGGCCACAAUUGAGCAAGCACGCCAGAUGAUUUGGAUCAACACUUUUGGUUGGACUGUGGUGGUGAUUCUUACAGUAUACGCAGGGAUGCUGAUAUUUGCACGAUACUAUGACUGUGAUCCUCUUUCAAGUGGUGUUCUGAGUAAACCAGACCAACUGUUUCCUCUGUAUGUCAUGGACUCACUAGGAGACUAUGUUGGUUUCCCAGGUCUUUUUGUGGCAGGAAUAUUCAGUGCAGGCUUGAGUACUGUGUCAACAGGUCUGAACUCAUUAGCUGCCAUAUGGUGGGCUGAAUUAGAUGAAACUGCAUUGAAAGAAUCUCUCUCUCAGCGCAGAUCUGGACUUACUGUCAAAUUCCUGGCGCUGUUCUUUGGAUUGCUCUCUUAUGCACUGGUAUAUGUUGUGCCAUAUAUGGGAGGCCUAGUUCCUGUUGCCAUUUCUUUGUCAAGUUUUUUCUCAGGCUCUUUCUUGGGAUUAUUUAUAUUGGGAAUUUUUGUUCCAUGGGCAAAUACUGCUGGCGCAGCGUGUGGCCUGACAGUCGGAAUUGGAGCUGUUGGUUGGCUGGCUGUUGGAGCCCAAAUGAUGUCAGACAAGGGUCAGGCAAUUUACACACCUCUGCCACUAUCAACUGAGGGUUGCUCCAUUGUGAACACAACAGUGUUAGCAGAUGACAGCAAGCCCAUUCAGCUUGCAUUUGUUUUGUAUCGAGUGUCAUUCUUGUGGUAUUCUCUGUUGUCCCUUGUUCUAACUGUGGGAGUCGGAAUGCUGAUCAGCUUUCUGUAUAGCUUGCUAUUAAGGAAACCUGAAGACAAAAUGAAAAGCCAGACACACAGUACUCCUGUGCUCAAGCUAACAACAGCUGUCACGAACAUCAGCAUGAAUCCAGGAGCAUGCAAGUUGCUUCUGAAUGAAGCAGAGAUGAAGGAUGAGAAUGCAGUAAAGGUGACAAUACAAGACAAGAAUGGGACUGACAACUUUGGAUUUAUACCAGACACUAAAGAACAUGCCAGUAUUUCAAACAAAUGUGAGGAAGUUCAUUGACCUAACAUACACAAAUAAUUUUAAUUGGCAUUAACCUUGUCAUAAGGUAAGGGUCCUUCAUAUUAGUUUGAGUGUGCAUAACAGCUGCUUAAACAAGGGAGUGCUAUAGCAAUAAUUUUAGACAGAGAAAGUGAUUAAAUGUUCAAUUAGAGCUCAUGAUUAACAAUUUGGCAGCUCUAGUUUCCCAUCUUAGAAUUUCAGCUUCUUGCAGUAUGAAAUAUUACAUUUCUCCUUAAAAACAUGUAUAAGCUACAGUAAUAUUACAUUUAGCCAUUUUUAUUUUAAAAUGUCUUAAUACAUUUACAUCAUACUAAUGAAAAGUGUCAAAUAAGUAACUUCACCUAUUCAGAGAUUUCUUUCCACCAAAUAAAUCCAGAAAAGUUUAUAACCACAUUAUCUCAUGUAUAGAAUGCAAAGUGUAAUGUGUUAUACUAUGUUAUGCAAUUCACGGCCUUAAUAUACAAUUUUAAGAAACAAAAGGUAGGAAACUGCAGGUUUGGCAUUAAUGGAAUUUUACAUGAAAAUCUGUACUGUGCAUUGUAUUGCUGCAUCACAUAGAGUUAAGUGCACGUUGCAGGACUGAUGCUCAUUUGCUUAUGGAAAUACAUUCUUGGCACUUAAUGCAGAAAAAUAACACAUGUUUUAGAUUUUUUGUAAGCCAGCACAUAUUCCACCCUACAAUGAUGUCUCUGUAUCCAGUAUGCUUCUGUUUUACUGUAGAUUACUUUGACACUUGUUUUCUGAAGAAGUCUGAAACCAGUAAAUAUUUUUUCACUUCAGUGUUUGAGCUUACACCUGUUGCAACAUCCUUCAUUAUGAUGAUGUUAUUAACUCAACCAUUCUGUUUACACACUGAACAUUUAAAAAAUCCUUUGCUGCUUAGCUGGGAGGCUGGAUCAACUUUUGAGCCUAAAUAAAUUAAAAAAAACUUAUUUCAGACAGUAACACCAAGCACCUACAGUCACAGUACAAUAAACAUAUUUUAAGAUAUGUCUUACCCACAUAUUUAACUUGUUGAAGCAGCAUAUGGGAUUACUUAAGAGCUUUUGAAUAUUAGUCAUAUGAUACAUUUCAAAAGAACUUCCUUUUACAAUGGUGUAUGAGAUCUUUCAAAACUUUUUGAUUUUUUCUGUUAUGCUUUAUGUUAUGUUUUAUGCUGAUUUCUGUAAUUUUGUUUCACUAUUAUUUGUUUUUGUUUGUUUUAUUUGUUUGAUAUUUCAAUAAAGUUAAUAUUUUUUCCUCA